CGCGCCGUAUGAGUCGAAGGACCGAUGGCCACUGGAAAUGUAUAAUUACUACAUGGUGAUCAGGAUCACGAGGUGGAUAUGUACAGAUGCAACAAUAAAGCUAAGGCAAGCUACAAGAGUGCAAGAAAAGUACAAAAGUAUGAUCAGCUACGAGUUGGGCAACAUCGCUGCUGGAAUCCAUGAGAAAUUCCAACAUAUGCUGGACACAUACCGCAAAUACUCCAAUAUAAAACAACAUAGAGACAACUAUCACUAUAUAGAGACGAUAUUCAACGCUUACUUCAUAAUAAAGGGUGAUUUUAAUGAAAUUCAGAUGGAAAGAGACCAAUACUACGAGGUCUUGAAACGACAUGAGACGAAGCUGCAGGCUACUAAAAAACAAAAGAACAAAAUACUGGAUAUUCUAGCUGAUUUGAAGGCGAGAGCCCGUAGAUCUCAAAAAGAAGAUGGCGGACCGCAGUUCAAGCCACAGAAGAAUGAUUUGCGUAAAGACUUCAAGAAAGAAGAGGAGUACAAACGGUCACUGAGAUACAAGAAGUGGGCUGAGAAGUGGAACAACUUUAUACCUGAAGUGGAGGGGGUGGACAUUGUGGAGGAAGCAAAGCCUAACAUUUAA